UAUUUCCCCAACAAAUAUAUAUGCAUAUAACAUAUCAGUAUAACGUCCUUAGGCUUUCCCCUUUCAAACUGUCAUCGGUGAAAGAAUAUUGUUUUAUACCACUGUACAUCACUUGUUUGUUUCUCACCUGUUGACGUUUCUCAGCUGUGUUUACUUCAACGUUAAAUACUCGCCGCGAUGUCCACGAAGGAGUUUUCUGUAAACAGGAAACCAAAAGUAACUUCCAGGGAGCAAUUGGAUGGAAUGUCAAGGGAGGAGCUUGUGGAGAAAAUUAUACAGUUAGAAGCUCACAACACACAAUUGAAAAAUCUGCUGCAGAAGAAAUUGAAUGGCGAUUCUAGCUCACAGGACCAUAAAGAAGGAAAAAAGCGAAGUUUUGACUUCAGCAAAUCAUUUAAGCGUCAUCUCUUAUUGAAAUUCUUGUAUUUUGGAUGGAAUUACCAAGGCUACGCGCAACAAGAAGACACGAAUGAGACCAUUGAAUAUCAUCUAUUCAAUGCGCUGCAGAAAACAUGUUUGAUCGAAUCACGGGAAACUUCCAAUUAUAACAGAUGCGGUCGAACCGAUAAGGGUGUAAGUGCCUUUGGUCAAGUGAUUUCCAUUGAUUUACGAAGUAAAUUCCCAGAGUUAGAACAAAUGGUACCGGCGAACAUUGAUAACGAAAUUGAUUACUGCUCCAUUUUGAACAGAGUUCUACCGAAAAACAUUAGGUGCAUCGCCUGGAUGCCACUUCGUAAUAAAUUGUUUAGUGCCAGAUUUGAUUGCUCACAACGAACAUAUCGAUAUUUUUUUCCGGAAGGGAAUUUGGAUAUUGCAAAAAUGAAAAAGGCAUGCGAAGCCUUGAUCGGUACACAUGAUUUUCGCAAUCUUUGCAAAAUGGACGUUAACAAUGGAGUCACGAAUUUCACGAGGAAAGUUAUAAGCGCAGAUAUUCACAAAAGUUGUACAGAAAAUACAGAGAAAGGUUAUGAUAUGUAUUAUUUGGAGAUAGUCGGCCAUGCAUUUCUCUGGCAUCAAAUUAGAUGCAUAAUGGCAGUGUUGGUAUUGAUUGGACAGGGAAAUGAGGAUCCUAGUAUUAUAACAGAAUUGUUGGAUGUAGAACGGAACUCUUGUAAGCCACAAUAUACUUUAGCGAGUCCUCUUCCACUCAAUUUGUAUUCAUCCGAAUUCAAAGAAAAAAGCAGUCAAACACUAAUUGAAGGAAGUGAAAGUGAAGAAGAAAAAUUGCAUAUAAAUGAAGUUGAUAUUACUGAAUGGCAAUUUUCCGAGGAUAACUUGAAGAAGCUCGUUGACGAUCUUCAACAAAACUGGAGUCAUUACAGUAUCAAGGCGACAAUGGUACGUGAGAUACUGAAUGAUCUACAAAGCGUUUAUAGUGAAAAAUUUUCGCGUGAAUUGCCAGAGUGUCAAGCUAAUAUAUUGCAGGAAGGGGUACGGCAGAAAGUAUAUCAGAAGCUUUUAACACGAAAACGUUGUGAGAGUCUGGAGCAAAGGAUAGACCAUUAUGUGAAAAAGCAAAGAAUUUUCGAAGCAAAUAACUCGGAUGGAAAUAAAGCCAUUGUCUGAUAAAA